AUGCCAAGUGAAAAGGUCAACACGGAUGAAAUCAUCUACGCAACUGGGAAUAAAGGGAGAUAUCAGAUAAUACAAGGAUUUCUUUGUACCUUCUCCUGUUUAACGUGUGCUUUUCCAGCUUUAUCCUUUGUAUUUCUAGGUUACAUCCCAGACCAUUACUGUUCUGCUUUACCAAACACAACAGACUGGAGCGCGUGGAAUAUCGAGAGUGAAUUUAUAGAAGAUAUACAAUACAAACAAUGUCACAUUGAUAUUACCUCAAAUAAAUCUGGAGUUCUCUCCCAUCUACAACUAUCGUGUAUCAAUGGGUAUGAAUAUAAUUUGCAUCGUGAUGUUUCAAUUGUGUCUGAGUUUGAUCUUGUGUGUGAUAAAGCUGGUAUAGCCGAACUCUCUCAAACUAUGCUAUUACUAGGACAGUGUUUCGGUGCUUUUUGUUUCUCAUCAUUAGCAGACAGAUUCGGACGGAAACCACCCCUGAUCUUCUCUUAUUUCCUGCUCUUGCUCUGUACUAUAGCCCAGGCUUUCAUCAACAAUGUCGAGACUUUUACAGCGCUCCGAUUCUUUAUGGGUGCAUCACAACAGGGAAUAGCAAUUGGAUCCUAUUCAACCUUUGUGGAAUUAAUGACUCCAGAGAUAAGGAUAUACUGUGGAUUUAUUGAUUCGAUUUCAUGGUCACUAUCAACGAUGUCUCUAGCACCUGUAGCCUAUCUAACUAGAAAUUACAGCUGGAGAACGUUUCAGUUGGCAUCAUUGAUAAGUUUUCUACACUUACCAGUUUUAUUGUGGAAAGGUAGAAGAGAAGUCACCAUGUUCUUUGCAUUUGUAACUGGUAUCUUUUUACUGAUUUCGUUCAUAUUUCUCGCCACUCUUGGAGGAACCUCUAUUGGUGAUAUACUUAGUAACCUGUUUUCAUUAUUGGGAAAAUUCUGUGUUUCUGGUUCUUUCAUGGUUAUCUAUAUAUACACACCAGAAAUAUACCCUACAAAUCUCAGGAAUGCUGGACUGGGAAUGGCAUCAGCAAUUUCAAGGUUGGGAGGAAUGGUGGCGCCUUAUUCUUCAUUGUUGAGUGCUGUAGCGGUAUGGGGUCCUGGUGUUGUUUUUACAGUCUGCUGUAUCCUUGCCUCCAUAUUGAUGUACUUUCUACCAGAGACUAAAGGGCGACCACUCCCGACAACACUUCAAGAAAUGAGAGAUUUGAAGCAUGAGCACAGGAAGAGUAUAGAGAUUAUUAUACCGGAAGUGAAGAAAUAG